GUGUGAUUUGCUACGGAGCGAACUACAUCUCCCGGCAGGCGGCAGAGGGGUUCGGGUAGGAGGACCGCCGCCCCGGCUUGCAUUGGUUUCCCGAAGCCGAGCAGGUCCCACCUUGGAGAGGAUGGAGGUGACCGGGGAAGCCGGGGCACCAGAACCUGGCGAGAUCCGGAUUCUAAAGCCGUGUCUGCUGCGCCGCAACUACAGCCGCGAACAGCACGGCGUGGCAGCCUCCUGCCUCGAGGACCUGAGGAGCAAGGCCUGUGACAUUCUGGCCAUUGAUAAGUCCCUGACACCAAUCACCCUGGUCCUGGCAGAGGAUGGCACCAUAGUGGAUGAUGACGAUUACUUUCUAUGUCUACCUUCCAAUACUAAGUUUGUGGCAUUGGCCAGUAAUGAGAAGUGGGCAUACAGCAAUUCAGAUGGAGGUACAGCUUGGAUUUCCCAAGAGUCCUUUGAUGUAGAUGAAACAGACAGCGGGGCAGGGGCGAAGUGGAAGAAUGUGGCCAGGCAGCUGAAGGAAGACCUGUCCAGCAUCAUCCUCCUGUCCGAGGAGGACCUCCAGAUGCUUGUUGACGUUCCCUGCUCAGAUCUGGCGCAGGAACUACGCCAAAGUUGUGCCACCGUCCAGGGGCUGCAGCACACACUCCAGCAGGUGCUUGACCAGAGAGAGGAAGCGCGCCGGUCCAAGCAGCUCCUGCAGCUGUACCUCCAGGCUUUGGAGAAAGAGGGCAGCCUCUUGUCAAAGCAGGAAGAGUCCAAAGUUGCCUUCGGUGAGGAGGCGGAUGCAGUAGACACUGGUAUCAGCGGAGAGGCCUCCUCGGAUGUUGCACUGGCGAGCCACAUCCUUACUGCACUGAGGGAGAAGCCAGCUCCAGAACUGAGCUUAUCUAGCCAGGAUUUGGAGUUGGUUACCAAGGAAGACCCCAGAGCACUGGCUGUUGCUUUGAACUGGGACAUAGAGAAGACGGAGACUGUUCAAGAGGCCUGUGACCGGGAGCUCGCCCUGCGCCUGCAGCAGAUGCAGAGCCUGCAUUCUCUCCGGAGCAUCUCUGCAAGGAAGCCCUCACUACCUGGAGAACCGCAGAAUCCUAAGCGAGCCAGACAGGAUCCCACAUAGCAGCGGGAAGUGCACCAAGGAAACGCGCGGCCUUGUUUCUGUUAUCGGUAUUCACCCUCAGCCUGAGCAUUUGACUACCUAUGUACUACUCUGCCCCCUGCCUUAGAGUGUGUUCCAGAGAAGCUAUUCCAGGUCUCAACAUACGCCUUCCACCAAUUCUGUCUUUUUUUUUUUUAAUUUCAGCCCUACCAGCUUCAGGACUUCUGCCAAUUUCGAAUGAUAUAGCUGCACCAACAAUAUCCCACCUCCUCUACAUAUUCUUAUGUUCUCUGUUUAAAAGUAAUUGGUGGUGACUCUGGGUGCACUGCCUAACAUUUAGCUCCACAUGAAACAAUUUUAAAAAAGAAAAAGGUUUGUUUAGCACUGAAAUCUUUGAUGUGAUCAGUUAAAAAAAAAAGGAAAGGCCAGGGCAGUGGCUCACACCUAUAAUCCCAGAACUUUGGGAGGCCGAGGCAAGCGGAUCACCUGAGAUCAGGAGAUUAAGACCAACCUGGCCAACAUGGUGAAACCCCAUCUCUACUAAAAAUAUAAAAAUUAGUUUGAACCUCCAUCUCUGGGGUCAAGCGAUGCUCCUGCCUCACCUUCCUAAGUAGCUGGAAUUACAGGUAUGAGCCACUGUGCCCAGCCGUAAGACCCUGUCUCUAUAAAAAAAAUUUUUUUUAAGUUAGCCAGGCAUAGUGGCACUGACCUAUAGUCCUAGCUACUCAGGAGGCUGAGGUGAGAGGAUCGCUUGAGCCCAGGAGUUCAAGACUGCAGUGAGCUCUGAUCAUGCCACCGCACCCCAGCCUGGAUGAUAAGAGUAACACCCUACUUUAAAAAAAAAAAAAAGGUAAUUGUCAAGGGUAUUGAAAAGAAAUGGUCAUACUUGAGACUCAUCCUUAUUCUGAAGAUAGUACUGCAGAAUUUUAAGCACAGAUAAUGGUGGAGACAGUGACAUUAUAGAGUGUUGAUUAUGGCCACAAACUUGUUUCUGCAGUUAACGAAUUUUUCUAUUUGUUUGUUUAAAGAUUAUAUAUUUGCCUGGAAAGUGCUGUUAAAAAAUAAAUAAAGAUACAUAUUAAGCUUGUA